ACAUUUUGUAACAAACAAAAACAACAAAUCGUACAAAAACAAGGUUAGAUACUGAAUAUCGAAUCGAAGUAAUUGUGCCGAGUGUUUCCUUAUUACCUCAACUUAUAAUUUAUGUGAAUAGCAUGUUUGGCAUAUUUUCUGCAAUAGGAAGUUUCAUUCGACUUGGACCUAGAGAAUAUGUAAGACAGAAAUUCAAACUACCAUUGGUGAAAUUUAUUCACGAUACCGUGAAUCUGUACAAAUCCAGGACAAAAGCUGGAGUAAAUAAUGUCAGAGAAAUUCUGUUUAGGGGCACAGUAAUUGCAUUAAUAACUGCUCUACUAGUAUGGCUAUCAAUAUUUAUGUAUAUCGCAUUUUAUUAUGUAUAUGUACCUACAAUAUCUCAUGAACGUGCCGUUCACUUAAAAUUUAGGCCUUGUGGAACGGGAGAUAGCUACAAGAUAAUAAAAGGAAUAUGUAGUUUUCCGUCAGCUCACGUGCAACUAACCAACAGACAACAACUGCUCAUGAUGGGGCAACCCUAUAAAAUACAUCUCGACUUAGACAUGCCUGAAUCUCCUACGAAUCGGGAACUUGGUAUGUUUAUGGUUUGUGUGGAUUUCAGAGGUAAGCGGGGCCAACUGCUUGCUAAUUCAUGUCGAUCAACAAUGCUUCAUUAUAGAGGCUUUAUGUUAGAUACGAUAUACAAAUUGAUAUUCAGCCCUUUCUUUGUAUUUGGCACAGCAGAAGAAAAACAAAACGUUCAUGUAGAACUUUUUUCCGAUUAUGAAGAAAAAGAGGUAAAUUUUUUGUUUAAGCCACCGAUGCAAAAUGAGUAUGCUUCGCACGAACCCGUGACGGACAUUUAUGUGGAAAUUCAGUCCCGAUUUAUAGAGAUUUAUUCGGCAAAAGUUUUGGUAAAUGCCCAGUUUUCUGGCCUUAGAUACGUGAUGUUCCACUGGCCGGUUCUGUCUGCAGCUCUGGGAAUUACGGCCAAUCUGUUCUUCAUAGCUCUCACAUGUAUGAUAAGCUGGUAUCAAAUCAUACAUUCUGAGGAGUAUGUGAACUUUAUCGAGAAAAAUAAUGACAAGAAAACGGACAGCGAUUCUGAUACGUCAUCGUUUUCGGUCGAUUAUGAUGAAGCGUCUUUCUUAGAAGAGAAAAUACGGCAUAGAACACAUUCAAACGGCGAUAGAGAACAUGUCGAAGAGAUCAAGCAACACUAGCGAUUGAAACAACGCCUGGUGUGGAUAAUGUCCGAAGUAACUCUUAUAAUAUUUAAAAUACAUAUAUUUUAUCGAUAAUAUAGUACGGAGCCGGUACAUUUACCAAUGUAAAUUUUUUUUUAUCGACU